GUUGAAGAACGCCCCUACGGUCGAUCCUUUCAUUUCACUUCUCCCCCUCCAGCGUCGAAACACUGGAGAGACGGGCGGUUUCAGCGAUUAACGAACACGAACUUCGCUGAUCUAUUCGCGACAUUACAGCAAGUGUUGAAAUUGAAGCAAGUCGGUUCCUUUUGCAUCGCCGAUUGAUUCUGCCGCUCUUUUGUUCCAAGUCAGAAGAGAUCUCAUCAUCUCCACACGGCAAGUUCAGUCUCGUCAUUUCAGGUUGCCUGUGCUGCCAAUGUCCAAUCAAAUGUCUUCCCAAUUGAAACUCCAAGAUAUGUCGCCAAGCUCAAGCAUGGCAGUUCCUGUGGGCUCAGCCACCGACCACUUCCGGCAACCAGCUGCCACCGUCUUGGGCGACCCUGCUGACACCUCCACUUCGACGAGUCUGACUCAGACUUUCCACUUCUCAUCUGGAAACCCCAGAAUUGAAGAGACACGAGGGAUCAUGCAUCUUUUCUGUGAAGACUCUCCUUCCCAUCUUCCUUCUCGAUCUAUUUCUUUUGAUUGGGUUGGAAGGAAACCUCUUGUUUCGGUGCUUGGGGUGCCGAACCACAUGACAUAUGCAGACUUUUGCAAGUUUUGUGGUUCUUUUACCCAACACAUAUUAGAGAUGCGGAUUGUCAGGAAUGACGAGAUGGAGGAUAGAUAUAGUAUUCUGAUGAGAUUUCAAAAUCAAGACUCGGCAGAUAAAUUCUACCUGCACUUCAAUGGCAGAGAAUUCAACUCUUUGGAGGAAGAAGUUUGUCGUGUGCAUUUUACCAUUGAUGUCCAGUUCACUGGUUAUAGUGGUUCACAUGAACAUGGUCAGCCUUCACCAACAAGCACAACUGAACAUUCUUCUUGCCCAGUUUGUCUCGAGAGACUAGACCACGACAUGGGGGGAAUUCUUACGACCAUAUGCAAUCAUUCAUUUCACUGCUCCUGCAUCUCAAAAUGGACAGACUCUUCUUGUCCAGUUUGCCGAUAUUGCCAGCAAAUGCCUGAAAAAUCUGUAUGUUUUAUAUGCCAAACUUCAGAGAACCUAUGGAUCUGUUUGAUCUGUGGAUUUGUUGGUUGUGGAAGGUAUAAGGAAGGACAUGCUGCGAGACACUGGAAGGAAACCCAACAUUGCUAUUCUCUUGAAUUGGAAACACAACGAGUUUGGGAUUAUGCCGGUGACAACUAUGUUCACCGGCUGAUUCAAUCAAAAACAGAUGGAAAAUUGGUCGAGCAUACCCAUUGCAUGCAUGCUGGUUAG